AUGAAGCGGCUGCAACCAUCCAUCCUUUGCGUCGUGCACACGAAGUUGUUGCGCACCACUCCGACGCCAGUGAACCCGUCGCACCCUGUUUCGUGGAUAUCUGGCGCUGGGGCCCGUCUCACACCAUUUUAUGGACAUGUGGUGCCGAUGCACCAACUCGACGCCGGUGGACCCGUUGCACCUCUUUUUAUGGAUAUCUGGUGCCGGCGCACCAUUUCGACGCCGCGAGACCCCUCUCGCAACCCUUUCUAUAAGUACGCCAGCGGACUAAUCGGAUGCCGCGAGACCUGUCUCACACCAUUUUAUGGACGUGUGGUGCCGACGCACCAAUCUGGCGCCGGUGGACCCGUCGCAUCCCUUUUUUCCCCCACAGGCGCUGACCUGCAUGCCCUUUUCGGAGCUGCAAAGCGUAUCAAAUUUCACGUGAUUGCUCUGCAGGAGACCAAGUGCAGAGAGAGCGACGUACGAAAGAUGAAUGACGGUACACUCGUCAUUCGUGGAGAGAAGGUUCCGUCGCGAAAUUUAGGAGGUGUUUGUUUUCUUAUGCACCCAUCUGUCGUCCAUCUUGUCGAUUCUCACGAGAUCCUAUCACCCCGUCUGGCCAUUCUUCUGCUACUCACCAACAUCAGCAGUUGA